UUUUACGUCCCGGCGCCAGGGGUGUCAGUCAAGAGUCUCAAGCCGGCUAAUCUGUCAAUGGACGACUGAAGAUCUCAAUCGCGCACAUCAUCGCACGUAUUUUUUCACAAUGGGAAAAUUCACAUUUCAACACAUAUAUGAAUUUCCAUGGGAACUUGUAACGCACACUCAUUUAACUAAAUAUCCAACAGAAAAGGAAAAAAAUAUCGUCGGAUCUGAAGUUGUGGAAUCGAAAAAAGGGCCAGGGAAUCUCAUUUAUCUAAAGGUUGUUGUCACCUGUUUAAAUGUGCUCCCUAGUGUUUUUCGGAAGCUCAAGGUUCUUGAUGUCCCUAACAUUUUGUAUGAGGAAGAAUGUUGGAUUGAUACAAAGAGGAGAAUAGCACAACUUAAAAGUAAACCAUUAGGCUACCAGAAUUAUGCUGUGUUGUCUGAAAGCUCUACAUUUUCACCAGCUUCUGAGAACCCAAAUUGGACUCUGUUUACACAAGAAGGUGUCAUUGAAAUGAUUGGUUUUGGAAGAAUGAGCUGGCUUAUUGAAGUGUUUGCUACCAAGUUUCUGACAAGGGGAGCAAAGAGAAAUGUUACCAUAAUGGAAGAGCUGAUGAAGGAAAGACUUGCAGCAUUCAAACUUUUAGCGCAAUAAUACUCGCCGUUCGUCUCUGACAUGGGAUGUACAUUUACUGGUGAUUAGUGAAUGAGAUUGUGAACUACCUUCCUAGUCUUAGAAACUUAGCUAGAAUGAAACAAUAGGUCCUGGGGGACGUUGUUUGUUUGAUUUUCUUUCUGAUGCUGCCACUUUUCCAUGACUGGCGACGCGAGUCGAAGCCCUGUCAUUUGCAAACGUUCUGUGGUAAAUUUAUCGUCUAUGAUGGUUAGCUGCUUAGCUGUGUUUCCAAAGAAACUUUGUUUAGCCCAAUUUUUUUAAAACGAAUGUUCGUCGUGAAAGGUUGUCUCUGUUCCGUCUUAAGCUAUUACUACUGCACUCCUAAAACGAAACAAAAUAUCACGAAGAACUUUUUUUAGUGAAAAAAUUGUUUUGCGAUACCUUCACCUAGAAAAAAGAGAUCGCUAGAUAUAAAUUCCAAAAUAUCAACGUUUAUUCCCUACAAAGUUCAAAGAUCUAUGGUAGGUUUACUUUUAAAUUUCCUUGCUGCCCUUUCACUGGGCCUUAUGUUCAUGUGGCUACCAAACAACGUAAAAGUCCACUUACUGACAUUGAAAGUAAAUACACUGUCCCGCUUAGGAAUAA